CCUCAUUGUUCACUCAAAACAUCUCUCUCUCUCUCUCUCUCUCUCUCUUUGGUAUUCUUAUCUUUCUCUUAACUAAGUUGAUUAAAAUGUCAAUCUCUUCAAAUGGGCUUUCAGCCCUUCUGUUGUUUGUUCUAGUUCUGAGCUCUUUAGGGGCUGCCUUAGGUAAUUUCUACCAAGACUUUGAUCUCACUUGGGGUGAUAAUCGUGGUAAGAUGCUCAGUGGAGGGCAAAUUCUGACCUUGUCACUGGACAAAACCUCUGGUUCUGGUUUCCAGUCCAAGAAUGAGUAUCUCUUUGGAAGGAUUGAUAUGCAGCUCAAGCUUGUUGCAGGGAACUCAGCUGGUACUGUAACUGCUUAUUAUUUAUCUUCUCAAGGGUCAACCCAUGAUGAGAUUGAUUUUGAGUUCUUGGGGAACCUUAGUGGAGACCCUUAUAUCCUCCAUACUAAUGUGUUCACCCAAGGGAAAGGGAACAGAGAACAACAGUUCUACCUCUGGUUCGACCCUACAAGGAACUUCCACACAUACUCCAUUGUUUGGAACCCACAAAGGAUCAUCUUCUUAGUUGAUAACAGUCCUAUCAGAGUUUUCAACAACCAUGAAGCAAUUGGGAUUCCAUUCCCUAAGAACCAACCCAUGAGGAUAUACUCCAGCCUUUGGAAUGCUGAUGACUGGGCAACAAGAGGUGGGCUAGUGAAAACAGAUUGGACCAAAGCACCAUUCAAUGCUUACUACAGGAACUUCAAUGCUAAUGCUUGUGUCUGGACCACCUCUGGAACAUCAUCUUGUAGUUCAAGUUCUACCAAUUCUUACUCUGAUGCAGCUUGGAAGACUCAAGAUCUAGAUGCCAUGGGCAGAAGGAGACUUAGAUGGGUACAAAAAUAUUACAUGGUUUACAACUAUUGCAAUGAUUUGCAGAGAUUCCCUCAAGGUGUUCCUGCUGAGUGUAAACGUUCAAGGUUCCUCUAGAAAUAGGGUUUAGUUGUUGUGUCAAUUAUUUGAAUUGUGUUUGUGAUAUAUCCGUUGGUCAUCAGUGUUGAUUUGUUAUUUAUUUAUUUUCAAUGUAUUUAGAUUUACUUCUCAGCUUAGUUAAAGCAAAUAAAUGAAUGAAUUUUGUGA